UGUGCGUACAUAGGUGUAUGUGUACUCAUAGGAAUUUCCUUUAACUUUACGAAUGAUUUAUGGCAGUGAUGUUGCCAUGUUCUUCCCAAUUAUAAUAAUGUAAAUUAUAAUCUAUGUACCUUAACACUAACUUUCCGUCCUAGAUGAGUUUAUUAACGCCUUCUAAGUCGUUACUUAUGCAAACCUUGUCAGUCUGCUCCUGUCAUAUUGAUGUAGGUACUACGUAUAGGUAUGUAUAACGAAGGGUGCGAGGGCACGUGCCGCCCUCGGCCUUGACGACAAGCUCCUCGAACUAUGUAUAUUUAUAUAGACACGAAGUACACCUGUAUGCGAGGUCCUUCGUCCUAUAGCCGCGCAGAAUAUUCCACACGCCCCGUCGUGCCCCUCGCGUACAGCGCAUGUGCACCACUUUGACAGCCCGACCGUGCCAACACAUCCCAAUUAUUUCCCUCAGUUCGCUUUAUUGUCGCAUUAUAUCGAAGGAAUAUAUUCGUCGAAUGUUUGAGAGGAGCGCGACUGGCAGUGCGAGCGAGGGCGCGGGAGCUGGGCGCGCAGCGAUGCGGCCCGCGGGCUCGCAGUGAGCCAGGAUGGUGGCCAACAUCGGCGUCAUCAACCCGACUAAUGUGGAGGCGACUGCGUACAUAAGCGCGGUCGCGGCGUUCGCCGUGGUGGUGCUGGUGGUGCUGCUGUUCCUGGGCCGGCGCUGGUGCUACGCCGCGGUCUUCAGCCGCAAGUGCUGCGAUGACAUCCUCGCCGUGAACCCGCGCCAGGCCGCCCCCUGCCUGCCCCUCGACAAUGCUCAGUUUGAUGCUUUGUCGAAACCGAACCAUUACCCCGAACGAAUAUUCACGUUCGAGGCGUCCGACUCGGAUGAAGAGCUGCGUUUGCGCAUCCAACAGGAUAAGGAGGAGGUGGAAUGCCACUACGAAGAGAAGAACGAGAACGCGGCAGCCGCGAAGCUCGACGUUGAACUAGUAGAGACCAAGCUGAGAGAAACCAGUCUUCGGGAGACCACGCUCCGAGAGACCAGGAUCGAUGAAGUGGUGCCGAAGAGGACUGAGUAUAUGCAUACGUUGGAGGCUCAGAGCAGUGUUGAUAGCGAUGUUAUUGCUCAUAAUGACACGUCCCUCCUCUGUGGCGAGAGCAGCAGUUCUCAAGAGCGGGGCUCGCUAGAGCUGACGUUGCUGUACGAUGCACCGGUGCGCAGCAUGACGGUGCACAUACUGCAGGCCAGGUCCUUGCCGCAGAGGAGCCAAGGACAGAUAUUGCAGAGCCAGGUUCGCGUAGUGCUUUUGCCAUUGAAAAAGCAGAAAUACAAAUCGAAAAUACGAAAUGGCGAAAAUCCACAAUAUAUGGAGAGCUUCGUGUUUCAUAAAAUUAAUCCAGAGGAUGUCCACGGCCUCGGUCUUCGCAUACGUAUCUACGGGUGCGAGCGCAUGCGUCGUCAGCGUCUAUUGGGCGAGGCAGCCGUCAGCUUCGCGACCCUCAACCUGGAGCUGGAGAACAGCUUGUGGAUGCAGCUGAUGCCCAGGCAACAUCAUCAGCCUAGCUUGCAGGUUAAUAAGCUCCCAAAACUCGAGCUGAACCACUCGAUAACCGGCGUCCUAGCCAGCCCUUCAUCCAUAGCGACGGUAACCACGCCCGGGGCAGGCGGGCCCGGGGGCGAAGCCUGUAGCCUGGCGCGGUCAGACUCCGCGUCUUCGUGCUGCAGUGCUAGGUCAGCUCCAGAGCUGUUGUUGGGCCUGCAGUAUAAUUCUACUACGGGACAUCUUUCUGUGGAGGUAAUCAAAGGCACCCACUUCCGCAAGCUGUCCCCCAACAAGGCGCCGGACACGUACGUGAAGCUGUGCCUCAUCAGCUCGCUGGGCAUGGAGAUGGGGCGCUGCAAGUCCACCACGCGCCGCGCGCAGUCCAACCCGCUGUACAAAGAGCUGUUUAUAUUCCAGGUAGCUCUAUUCCAACUGACGGAGGUGACCCUGAUGGUGUCAGUAUGGUGGCGGCGCAGCGUGAAGCGCAACGAGAUGGUGGGCUGGUUCUCGCUGGGGCACAGCCCCUCCGGCCGCGAGGAGGAGCGACACUGGCAGGAGCUGUGCGAGCGACAGGGGGAACAGGUGCAGCGCUGGCACGUGCUGCUGGACUCCUGACGCUCGGUGACGUAGCGCGUGGCGGCCGCCCACGCCUGAGCUCUGCCUGACCGGGGACUCCCCCCCCCGCCCCCCGCGCCGCCGCACUCACCCCCCCGUGCCCGGUGCGUGUCGCUUUCGUUGUUAGCACGAGGACAGCUUGCGUCGGCGGCGCCGGACCACUCGCCACUUGAGCCCGCCUCAUGAGUGGUACCAGCGAGUAUUCAAUCUCAAGUAAUUUCUCAAAUAUAUUAAAAGCUUAUAUUAUUAUAUUACGCAUAUUAAGUAUAUUGAACGGGAAUUGUAACGAAUAAAUACGGUAUAUUGUUUCACGGGAACCGUUUCUGCAAUUACUUUUUCGAGAGCAUUUUAGAAAUUCAUUUUCUUCAUAUUUGAAAGUUUGAAGGUUACCGUUUUGUAGUAUUUAUAAUGAUGAUGAAGACUUGGAGCGCACAAUACUUGUGAGAUAGAAUAAUGAUACUAGAAAGGAUAUUUAUUGAAUAUUGAUAUAUUAUAUACCUUAAUGUACAGACGUUACUCUAGUAUAUCUUGAAUAUACUCUUCAUAAAAAUGUUACUGUAAGGAUGCAAACAAUUUUGUAACUGGUUCGAAUACACAUUCAUUCAUAGAUCAGGUUCAUAAUUUGUCAUGUGGGUACGUACUACCAGGGAGCGAGUUCACAACAACACACGGUGAAUACUUCCUUGUAAUUUUAUACACAAACGAAUGAACUGAAAGAACAUUGAGUCGUUCGUGAUCUGUUAUGGAGUAAUAAAACGUAUAUAAAAUAGUUCGCAGUAUAUUAAUCACAAUACAUAUAUGUAAUUCCAAUCACUCAUUAAUACACUCAGAAUAUAUGAAAAGUUUACGUAUAAAAUAGCUUUUGCAUUUUUCAAGAGAAAAAAUACAUUAUUAAAUUAAAUUCGUUUCAGUACUUCUGCAAUAAUACCAAUUAAUAUUUCUAAUAGGAGGGUACUUUUAAAUAAAUGUGAACUUUAAUGUUUUUUCAAAGAUAUUAUAUACGUAGUUACCUUUAUUACGAAUCUAUUUUACUUAUAAUAUUGAAUUAUAAAUUGUUAUAUGUCAUCGCUGAUAUAAUUAAGAUUUUAUAUAUAUUAUGUAAAUCCUAUAAAAUUAUUUGAAAUAGACAAUGUCAAUUUAAGACGAACGCACUAAAUAUUUACAAAAUCUAUACAAGUAUAUAUGAAGACAUUUUUACUCAUAAAAUAAUUAUUUGACUAGAAAUUAGAAUACGAAUAUACUUAUAUCUCGAAAUUAUACAUUUCAUACAAAAUAAAUAAAUUGCCUGCAUGCCUAACGUUGUAUUAUAAAGUGUAUAAUAAAUAUUUGUAGGCAAAGAGACGAAAUAUUAGCUUGAAUGCGGAACAAGUAGAUAUGAUAUGAAAAUAUAUAAUGACACCAGUGUAGAGUCGAGAAUUGUCUAUAAAGGUGAGAUCAAAAAAUCUUUAUUGUAGAAGUACUUUGUCUAUGAUGACUUGGAAAAGAAUGAUUAUUGUUGUAAUAUUAGCGUUUUAUAUAUUAGGGGAACCUAUUUGCCUGCAACUGUAAAUCUAUCGUUUUUCUGAAGUAUAUAUGUUAUAUGAUUAUUAUUUCAGCAGUUUGGCCACAGCUUAUAAAUAUGAUUUAAAUUAAAAAAAUAAAAGUGUAGAAAGAUACUUUCGCCGUAAUGAUAUAAUUCAAUGUCGCCCGCAAUCCAAUAGGUAUUUUAUGCGUGUUGCAAUAUCUUAAUAAAUAUUGCAAUCACAAUAAUACAUAGUUGUAAAACGAUAACACUCAGAGUUGUGUCUCAUAAUAAAAAUACAUUAUACAUCCGAAAUAAGAUAAAACAACAACGUUAUGUAAAACACGUGUAUAAAAUGUCCAUUACUACAUAAUUAUUUCAAAUGAAUUUUACAUUAUAUUUUGCUCAUAAUAGGUUAAAACAAUAUUUUUAAAAAUUCAGAUAUUCUUCUUUCUCUAUUCAAUAUUCAGAUUUCUGUAUUUAAUCAUAAUAAACUGGUAUAUUUUAUAUUGUAACAGUACAUAAAUAUAAUAUAAUAGUUAAAUUCUCUUACUCAAAAUAAAGAAUAUGUUAAUUUCUCGAAUAUUAAACUCAAGGGUUGCUCAGUUUUUGCGGCUCAACUUCGACUUUCAAAAUGUCAUUUAGCUUCAUCAAUAUAGGCUUAAAGACGACCAAUCGACGAAUUGUAGACAUCACAUAAGUUAUAAGAAAUUUCUUCAACAUCCAGUAUUUAAUAUAACAUUUUAUUCGUAUAGAAUAGUUGAAAAGUAUGCUACAUGAGUAGUGUGGAAAAUUUGUUUCCUCCGACUAUCAUUUCUUAAUUUUAUGGCCAUACUUUUCAUAUAAAAAUAAUAAUCUUAUCAUGAAAGCCAAAAUAGUACCUGCUCUAAAAUAUAGAAAGUACUAAUUAAGUGUCUGUAAACAAAACAUAUAUAACUACAAUUAUAUAAGCUCCAUCUGUUAAUAAUGCGUAUGAUAAAAUGUGAUAAGAGAUCGGAAGGUAUAUGAGUAUAUAAAGAUAUAUAAAAAGGUAUAUAUACUGAGUUAUUUGAACGAGUUCUGAUUAGUAUUAGGUGGGUGUACUGUGGUGCAUCCUUUAUUGCAAUGUAUGUCUUUGACGUAAAAUGUCCGGGUACUUUUGCCCUUUCUAAUAAAGACAAGAUAUUUGAGUGUUCUUAAGUGUGAAUUUUAAUGUGUAUGUAAAUGUCGCACACCACACUUGAGUGGAGUUUAUAAAAUAUUAUAUAUUAUAAAAAUAAAAUAUUUACUUCUUUUGCUGUAGUCUUGGAGAGGAUAUUUAGAUCUUGACAAAUUAUAACAUUUAUUUACAAAUAUUGUUGAUGCAAUAGAAAUAUUUAUAUUAGUAGAAGUUGUAGAUAAUUUUCUGUCAUAUAUUUUCAACUAGUAUUCUGUGAAGAAUUUUGAUUUCGAUAGCAAAAAGUAUAUUGUUGCUGACCUGAAAAAUAGCAAUGUAUAAUAAUGUAUGUAUGUAUAUAUAAUUUGAGCAAUCAAUGUUUGAUGUGUUUGCGUUGUAUACGAGUGAUGAUAAAAGCACCGCAUAUAUGUAUGUAUUAAAAUAUUGUUUGGAAAUGUCAACAAAACUUUAGAACAUUGUUACCUAUUACAAAAAUAUGUAAUGAGAAUUUCUCAAUAAAAUCACUUUAUACAUUUUUCCUA